AUGAGUGGCAAUAUUACAGAAAAACUACCCCAGGAGGUCCCAAUCCUCCGUGUCACCACAGAACGGAUAUCCAUACUGGAUGCCCGUACUGUGGUGACAUGCCGCCCUUCGUAUUCUGGGGAGGCACACCACUCGAGGGAAAAUGAAAACGACCAUGGCAAACGAACAACGGACAUCAAAGAUUCUGAUCUGGAUUUUGUUGAACGGAAUGUGGAAGACUGCGACCCGAUGUCGCACUCCGACACUGGGACCUUGAGGCUAAGAGGUGGCGGCCCGCCGUCACGGGCUUCAAAAAGUGACGACGAAGUGGUCCUAGAGACCUCUUCGAUUAGCGGGAGCGCGCCCCAAAGACGCAAGGCGUUGGCCGGGGCCAAGAGGGGAAACCCCUACCUAAGGGAGGACCCAGAACCCGAGCCAAAAAUAAACUCGGCUCGCAGAGGAAGGAAAACUGGAGGGGUAGGGACGUCCGCACCCCGCCUCAAGUUAAAAGUUCUGUCAGCCAACGGGGGGAAAAAGGCAGCAGGGGCCUACGUGGGGUUGUCGGCCGCUCUAGACAAACUGAGGAACACAGUAGGAUCGGACUCCGAAGGGGCAGACGAGGAGGCCAUGCCAGGGGACCAGUGGAGUGAACGGCGGGUCUCCCCCUCCCCCUCCUCAUCCCCAAACGAGGAUCCGAUCGAGGUAGCACGCCGCGCCGCCCAGACGGUUCUGACAGAGACGGCCAAGUCCCGUAACCUCCAAGGGGGUAUCAGGGGCUCGAUUAACAAAGCCUGCAAAAAAAUAGUAGCCGCAUUAGAAUUGCUACAGUCUCAGAAUGAGAGCGAGGAGAUCCGCACCUUAAAAGCGGAUAAUAAAAGGAUGCGUGAGGAGCUGGCGCAAAUGCGGUCUGAAACAAAGGCGCUCCGAAGAGCCUACUCUGAAAGAGGAAAUCUACUGACCGCGGACAGUGUCCGAGAAGAAAUAACGGCCGUCUGUAACUCUCUUAAAGAGCACCUCUCUAGGGAGUUAUUCAUAUCCCUGGGGGGGAUGAUAAACACUAGGUUGGAAGAAGUCCGAAGCCGCCUCCCCCCAGAGCCAAUUCUACGUCCGCCCUUGGCGGCGGACAGGCAGAAUACAGCUGCGCUAACUGAGAGCCCGCAAGCAGGGACUAGAGGAGGACCAACAAAAAUGAAAGCCAGCCAGACGGGGUCAACUUUAAUGCCCCCGGCAAGGCCUGCUCAAGCACCAACGGCAAACAAAUCAGCUGCAGCGGGAUCGAAGAAAACAAAGACGAAGAAAAAGGCCCCCAACCAGACCCAAACAUACACACACACGCAGGAGGAGUGGGUAGCAGUGGAGAAGCGAGGGGCGAAAAAGAAGCAGAAGAAAAAGACCUCCGCUACACCCAAGGCACAGACGGCCAAACCGACGGCAACAACUGUACCUCCAAAAAAGCUGAUAGUGCCAAAAACGGCGGCGGUAGUGGUGGCCCUCAAGCCAGACACGACAGAGUCGUACGCCUCUGUUAUGCUGAGGGCCACCAAAGCGUUCAGGCUGGAGGAGGUUGGACUGGAGAACGUUCGAAUAAAAAGAACGGCGGACGGGGCCCGCAUCCUGGAGGUGAACGGGGCUGAUAAUGGCCGCUCUGCCGACGAAUUAAAGACGCGUCUUGAGGCGGCAAUCGGGGAUGCAGCCAAAGUGUAUAGACCCGUCAAAUUAGCGCGCUUACGGGUCUCCGACCUAGACGAGGCUGCAACCCCAGAGGCAGUGGCUGGGGCGAUCGCCGCUAAAGGGGGCUGCUCCGUUGCGGACGUCAAGGUGGGAGACAUCCGCAUCGGUUUCAACGGCACCGGAUCGACCCUGGCUCAGUGCCCCAUCGAGGCAGCGAGCGCGGCGGCAACGGCGAGGAGAGUAACGAUCGGGUGGUCGGUGGCCCGAAUCGUUGCUCUCGAACCGGAAGCGCUCAGAUGCUAUAAAUGUCUGAGCGUGGGGCACACCAGGGCCACGUGCCCCUCAUCAAUCGAUCGAGGGAACCUCUGCUUCCGAUGCAGUAAGCCGGGGCAUAAGGGGGCAGACUGCCAGGCGGAGGCUUUUUGUGCGGUCUGCCACCUAGCAAAACUGCCAGCGAGACACCGAAUGGGAGGCCUCUCUUGUCACCCACCAAAGGUAAAAGGCGUGGAGGCUCGCACUGGCAAUCGUGGUGCCCCUGAUAGGGCCCCCUCUGGGGCCGCUCAGAUUCAGGAACCCCCCGAGGAACGCCCCAUGGACCUUUAA